GUCAGCAGCGCUCUCUUUCCUGUCGGCCAUCAGUCCUGAAGGUGCGUGUCUGAGCAGCGCUCCUCUAAAACAUCUAAAACUCGUCUUCUUCCAUAAACAGCCGAGAUCUACUGCAAUUUGUAGGCGACUACCUGUUCAACCUGUCAACAUGCAGAACGACGCUGGUGAAUUUGUGGACCUUUACGUCCCACGUAAAUGCUCUGCUAGCAACAGAAUCAUUGGAGCGAAGGACCACGCCUCCAUCCAGAUCAACAUUGCUGAGGUGGACAAGGUGACCGGUCGCUUCAAUGGUCAGUUCAAGACCUACGCCAUCUGUGGCGCCAUCCGCAGGAUGGGCGAGUCUGAUGACUCCAUCCUGAGGCUGGCAAAGAAUGACACUGUUGUCGCAAAGACCCUCUAAGUGUGACGCUGGAGAAGUGGAAACUUUGUAAAAAAUAAAAUGAAAAAAAAAAAAAA